AGUCAGUGACAGAGCAGCCAAGCAGUGACAGAGCAGCCAAGCAGCGAAGCAGCGGUAGAACAACGGAGCAGCGGGGGACAGAGGGCGAUCGCAGAGGAGCAGCUACAUGGCAGAGGAGCCCUCGGCCACAAAGCCAUGGCCACGCCACGGCCAAUAUAAGGCGGAGCAGGAACACCGGUCGAGAGAGUCAUUACCGAGCAGUCGGACAGUUGUUACCGAGCAGUCGGACAGUCAUUACCGAGCAGUCGGACAGUUGUUACCGAGCAGUCAGACAGUCAUUACCGAGCAGUCAGACAGAACCUUUCCCUGUACCGCGCCACGUAUCCUUCGACAGGAUCAUCCAACCGAGUGCUGUGUAUCCUAGUACAGGACCACCGAUCUAGUACCGUGCUGCGUGCCCUUCGAACAGGAUUCCCCACCCCAGUGCCGUGUAUCCUAGUAUAGGAUCACCGAUCCAGUACCGUGCCGCGUGUCCUUCGAACAGGACUCUCCACCCAGUGCCGCGUAUCCUAGUACAGAAGCCCCAGACCCAGUACCGUGCUGAUAAGGACUCGUACCGGUGCCCCGAUUAGUGUAGCAGGAUCAGGAUGAACAUCCGCUGGAUAGCGUCCCGCAGGAAGGACGAGCUGCAGAGCCUAGCUAAGGAGUUUGGACUAGGAGAAACUGGGACUGUAGAGGACCUACGGAGCCGGAUCACCGCAUUCAUCGCACGCCCUGGGCACCCCGAAGCCGUGCAGGCAAGCCUGGACGAAUUGGCUACGCACUUUGGCAACACACCGAGCCCCAGGGACCACCGGAGUCCAGCCACGUCACCCGGGCCAGAGAGCCGGACGAAGAUGGAAGACAGCAAGGAGGGACCAAAACUGCGAUUAAUUGUACCCGAGCUGCCCAGCACGAGCCAAGGAUCCACCCACGGAUACCGCGAGUCAGCAACCGAGACACCGGCCGCCCAGGACGAGCAACCACAACGAGCUGCCCAAGGACCACUCCAAGGAACCAGACCAGAGGCGUCCAGCAAGAACCACGAGCCAGUACCCACUUCCGCUGGACCCCUGGCCACGCCUAGCCACCAGACAACCACGGAAGGAGAACAGCCACGUCUUCCCCAGGCACAUCGGGUCUCACGCCCCGGAGGGGGUGAGAUCUCGUACUCGUUACUGGCGGACAAACUCCGGAAAUGGGGAUUUACUUUCGACGGCCAUGCGGACCCACUAGCGUUCAUCGAAAGGCUCGAGGAGCGAGUGGAAUCAUACGGCGGGAGCCCAGAGCAGUUGCCGCGAGCCAUCUCCGGUCUCCUUACAGGUAAGGCCGAAGGAUGGUUCCGAACUUUUCAGAUGCAGGGACAGAAUUGGACAGACUUUCGGAAAGAAUUCCUAGAAUUCUUCCUGCCCCCCAGAUACUUCCAGCGGCUGGAAGACACCAUACGAAGUCGGGAACAGAAGCCCAAAGAAUCCUUCCGGGAUUAACUUAUCGAGUUGCGUCUGAUGAUGCAACGAGCCCAGUAUACUCGGGAACAGGAACUCGAGCGGAUCUACGAAAAUCUCCGUCCGGAGUAUCAAAUGUACACGCGCAGACAAGAUUUCCGAUCACUCAUAGAAUUGACCCAGCUCGUCUCGGCCUACGAAACCGCGCGGGACCGAGACGCACUCCGCAGCGUCGGGACCACACAGAACCAUCGACCCCGUGCCGCCUAUACCGGCAAUGUAACCAACCCACCAACGAGGCAACACACACGAGACACCCGGGAAAACCGAGAUCACCAACCGAGGAAUCGGCCAGGAGCCAGGCCAGGAGCAGGCGAUCGAUGUACAACGAGCCUGCCGGAACUGCGGGGAAAACGGCCAUUUCAGUGGAGCGUGCACAAACCGACAGAAGCUGUUCUGUUGGGAAUGUGGCCACCGAGGGGUACGGACCAUCAACUGCUGCCGGAAGCCAGCGUCGGGAAACGGAUCGGGUCUCCGCCCAACUGGGACAUGGACGGAGGCGCGCACCCCGGAACAGGAGAAACCCACCCAUUAAGCAUGACCGGAGGAAGGAUCGCUGCCCUGGUGGACAUCAAUGGGAGAGCAUUUGCGGCCACCCUCGACACUGGAGCCACACGAUUCUUCAUCAGUGAGCGGCUGGCGAAGGAGAUAGGGACGACCGAGAACAGGCGAGAGAUGAGGACCAGGACCAACCAAGCGAUAGCAGUCACAGUGCGCCUGGAUCAGCAAGAAACACAGGUAUCUCUUCUUAUACUCAGCUGAAGUUGCAGCAGAAACCCGCCGGGACGAUACCAUCAUGCACCGCCCAGCCACGCCCACGGUCUGUCACGUUUGCGGACUCCACUGCCAUCCGAGACCAGCCGCAGACCAACACCCCACAGCCAACCACGAACCAUCCAACCGCAGUGACAACAAAGCCCUACCCGACAAGAUCAAGCAACAACCCCAGGACUACGACGCUAAGAACUGCGACACCGAUGGAACCAACCAUGGCCAGUUCCCCAGCACGAACCCCGACACCAACAGGACAACGCAACAAAACGAAGACUUGGGCAGAGACAGCUACGGCUCCA